UUUGAAACAGUAUUGAUGGACUCAAAAAUAAUGUAGACCCUCAAUUGAAACAGUGGAGUACAAUUAUUAAAAUGUCACGUCUAUAAUUAUUGGCCUAUGAUGACAUCCACCAUACACUGGCCAAUGAAAAGAUGAUGUAAGAACAUGUUUCUAUUUUAUCUUACAAUGUAGUUAUGUAUGUGUAACGUUUUUUACAUUAGACCCUGGAACCUUCUGAACACAUUUGUGACCUAUUUUCUGAAAGAGUCCACUGAGUCCUAUAAGAAAACAGGGGCAAAUCUGAGACCCAGGAGUGGAAUCUUUCCUCAGGCGAGAUAAGAUUAACAUUUUGGAAGACAGCCUAGUUCACAAGUCUCCGCAUUACAAUCUUUCACUUGGGCUCCUCUCUGGCAGGUACAGGUUUCCCUCCUUGCCCUUGGCAGGCAGGGAGGAAAUAGAGCGGGCGUCAAUCAAUGAAGAAGGAGAGAGCUGUAUAAAUUGUCCAAUCGGAGGAGGCAAAGUGGGAGGGUUCUUCCUGUGUCAUGGCUGCUUCCACGGCGUACCCUGCUGAGAGCACCCUGGCUGGGUAGGCCGCCUUCGGUGACUUCUAGUAGCUGCAGUCUGCAUAGGAAGGACCCCAGGAGACCUCCAAGCUAUGCAAUGGAGGCAGUAACUUUUGAGGAUGUGGCUGUGAACUUCACUUUGGAGGAGUGGGUUUUGCUGAAUCCAUUUCAAAAGAAGCUCUACAGAGAUGUGAUGGGAGAAACAUUUAAGAACAUUGCUGCUAUAGGGGAAAACCUGGAUAACCAGGAAAUUGAAGAAGGGUAUCAUAAUUACUCGAAAAGCCUAAGAAGCAGCCUUCAACAUUUUGGGUGCGAAUGUUAAGUACAGCCACUCUGC